UAUUUUCCUUCAGGCACAUUCAAAGGACACAUUGUUAAACGUCAAAACUCUUGCUUUAAAAUGGCUGCAAUUAUGUGCCUUUUGACUUGUAUUCCUCGGCCUGUUUGUCCAAGAUGAAUGAACCCAGAGGAGCUGACCAACAUUCUUACGUGAACAUGAACGACUGUGAAGAAGCACACUUGUGUGUGGAGGAAUGUAACACCACCAUGCCUUACAAAGAACGUGGCAGUUCUGGAAUGGAGUUAACCAAUGAAAAGCACAACGAGGCAGACUGCAGGCCUCACCUCUUCAUUACUGCUCCUGGUUCAGCGACGGCCAUCCCAAUGACCGUCAGCACCACGCUGAGUCCUGCUGUGCCCAGGCCCACAAGGGACAUAGUUGGUCCCGUUGCGUGCAUGUGCGAACCCAUGGGCUCCGUAUGGGACGCAAUGGAAUCUACAAGACCUGCUUCCUCUGUUCCUGUUCGUGUUGCUGCUCACCUACAUCUCCUCGGAGAAGCCUUGUUGCUGAUUGGACACCUCCUUAAGGGGAAAAACAGACCAGUGUGUGUGUCGAGAAGCCUGCUUCUUCUCUUGGACUCUCUGCUGUGUGCACUUGCUCCACUCAUGUGCCUCACCUCACUUAUAGCAGAGCUGCAGAGCUGCACAGACAACACGCCGGGUUCUGCUCUGGAAAACAUCGCCUAUAUAAUGCCGGGUUUUUGAAUGAAUCCACUCAGACAACUUCAUUUUUGUAUGUAAUGAAUGACGCUCACUUUAUGACCACGGUUAGGUUGCACGAUAUUUAUUUCAAAAAACUAUCUUUCUGUUAUACACCACUGUGUCAAUUAAAUUCACCAUAUUGGUGCUUCAAUUGUUUGAUCAUUAUUAUUAUUUAUUUCAAAUUUUUGGGGCGAUGUUAUAAGGAAGCACAAUGGAGUUGCUGUUUGCACAGGCCUCUCAGUCGGGAGGUUCUGGGUUUGGAUCUCUGCUCUGACCCUCCUGUGUGGGCUUUGCAUAUUCUUUGUUGGGUUUUCUUGACAAAUUCCCCAGGGUUCAUUGAAGAUUCGAAAUUCUCCGUAUGUGUGAAGUGUGAGUCUUUUCGGGUAAAAGUAUUAGUUUUCUGAAAAUUAGCAUCCACUGCAUCGGGUGACCUUUGUGUCAGAUGCACAUUGGACUCUUUUUGAGAUGUAAAUACUAAAUGGAUUAAGUUCUUGAUCUUCUCGUACCAACUAUCUGCUGGCUCAGUUCAAACUUGACUCUAUGCGCACAAGGGCAGUUGGUUGUCAAUUGUCGGUAAGUACGACACAUGACAGUUACAGACCGUAUGUGACAUUUUCUAGUUUGCUGAGUGUUGUAAUCAGCAAACUAGAAAAUCCACAGGCCUUAACAGGCUUAAGGUUACAACACUGGUGAGAAAGUACAGCACACUUUGUGCUAACAUCAACACACGCCUUCAUUAAACUCUCUUUUUUCAGUAUAUAUUUGUGUUCGAUAUUGCUCAAAUGUCUCUAGUACAAAUCAAAACAUUCCCAUGUUGACAUUCAAACAAUUAUUCGGCAGGAGCAAUUAAAAUUAGCCAUGCAGGUGGUGUUGUGUUUUCUGGGUGUGGUGAAAGUGCCCUGGGAUACGCCUCCCGCCUGCGCCUUGUCAAGGAAUGCCAAACAGCUUGCAGACUGUGGAACCUGUUAUACGCACGUCCUAAUGCAUCCCCUCCACUUGGGGAGUGGUAAGACGGCAAAUGUGUGACUCCUGUAUUAUGCAAGCCGUUACCUGUGAGUCGACACACACCGAACUGGUGUGGAUGAGACACACACUUAUGCACCAGCGGCUUCAAGUGAGAAGACGAUAACGCCGAAAGCUGCCUUCCAGAGCUCAUAUUUAACCAUGAGUAUGCACAUGCAGCACUUCGACUCGACGUAUCCGGAGCUGAGGCUGGUGCUGCUGGGCAACAUCGGAUGCGGCAAGACGUCGUCGGCCGACACCAUCCUGAGCCAGCUGACGGACAUGUCCACGGCGACGCCCCGGAGCAUCCAGCUGCGCAAGGACUUUGCCGAGGGCAGGAUGGUGACCCUGGUGGAGACUCCCAGGUGGUACUGGAACGGUAUGGAAAUGGACGAGGGCGUGAAGAAGGAGACUGAGCGAGCCAUGACCCUGCUGGCGCCCGGUCCUCAUGCCGUUCUGCUGCUGGUGCCUGUCAGCCAGUUCACAGAGAUGGACGGCCAAGUGCCUACGCAGCUGCAGCAAGUGUUUGGAAAAGAAAUACUGGAGCACACCAUGGUGCUGCUGACCUGCGGCGAUUAUCUCAUAGGAAGAACUGCGGAGGAAUACCUUCUGAAGGAGAAUCCCGGCCUGAGGCAAAUGAUUGGGCUUUGUGGGGGGCGCUACCAUGUCAUCAAUAACCGUCAGCCGCGGGACCGUGCGCAGGUUCGAGAGCUUCUGGGCAAGGUGGAGGACAUGGUGAGCAAAAGUGGGGUGUUCUGCCUCAAAACAAAAGAGGAGAGGGAGAUGGAAGAGCGCGUGCAGCAGCGGAAGAGAGAGCUGAUUGAAAGCUUCCGACUGCAAAAGGAAGAGAAAAGGGAAACUCUGGCAUCCGGCUACCCGUCCAACAUAGAGGAAGUGGAUUUGCACAGAGAAGCCUGGGAGAGGAGGAGAGAAAUCGAGAUUGACAGCAUCAAUGGGGGAGUGUCUGAGGCGCUUCACUCCAGUCUGGCUGCUUCAACACCAGGAGGGUGGCAGUCGGGCCGGAAUGAUGAUCAGCAGGAGAGGCGCUCUUACAGACUCAAUGCAGAUGGAGCCAGAUUCUCACAAAUGACGGAUGAAAGAACCUCAGCUCAAGUUGUUUCCACUCUUCAUCACAGAAUCAGCAGCUUUGAGGAAAAUUCCCCAGAGGGCUCACCCACCUCCUUCCCCAAACACCCGGCCUUCGUUUAUGAACCUUCCACACCGAACUUUGACCCGUACCCUGCCACAACCUCCGUAAGCUCGCCAUCCUCUCCGGAGCUACGUCUGGUAUUGAUCGGACGAUCCGGAGCGGGAAAAAGUGCGGCUGGCAAUGCCAUCCUAGGGCGGGAUGUGUUUGAAUCCAGGCCUGACAGUCUGGUCGCCAUCACUGAGGAGUGCGCCAAGAUGAAAGCAGUGGUCGCUGGAAGAAGGGUGGCAGUAGUGGACACCCCAGACUGGUUCCACUCAGAGCGUACUCCAGAUGAGGUGCGAGCUCUCAUCUCCUCCUGCGUGGCCCUGUCCAGUCCGGGUCCCCACGCCUUCCUUCUCUGCGUCCCAAUGGACCAGCCGGCCAAGUUGGAGCUACAAUCACUCUGUGCUCUGGAGACUGUCUUUGGGCCGAAUGCUGUCAGGAAUCACACACUGGUCCUCUUUACACACGCCGAUCUUCUGAGGAAGAGCGGAAAGGCCGGCGGCGCCAGUGUCGAGGCGUACAUCGCGGGUCAGCGAGAUGAUUUGUUAAAAUUGGUGGAGAAGUGUGGGGACAGGUUCCACAUCCUGGAGAGAGACGGUUAUGGCAGAAGUGUGGAGGAUCUCCUGGAGAAGGUGGAGCAGAUAGCGGCCGAGGCAGGGGGGCAGUGUUAUUCCAGUCCCGCUUUCCAAGAGGCAGAGAACCGAGUGAGGGAGAUGCAGGCCGAGAUCGCGAGGGAGAGGAGACGGCAGAAGCAGGAAGAAGAACGCCUUGGAGAGCAGUUUUGGGGCGAGAGGCGCCCCCUCUACCCUUACAUGCAGACCGUGGCUGAGGCCGAAGAGGAAGUGAGAGAGGAAGAAGUUGAGAAAGCGCGAGCCGAGGCCGAGAGGAGCGUCGGCACCAUGAAUAUUGAGAGCCUCCCACCUAUAAUGACAGUGGCCAACAUGUCACCUUCAGUGUUCCAGUCUGUGAUGGAGAAAGUGCAGUCCAACGCCAAGUUGCUGCCCAAACUGUUGUCUGACAGCUCGGUGUGGGUCAGCGACGGAGCCAAGAAGGUGAUGGGCAGUCCGGUAUGGGGCUCGGUUGGGAGCGGAGCGCAGAACGUACAGAAGACGGUGGCCAACAAUCCUGUGUGGGGGAAGGUGGGCGCUCAAGCCGGACACGUCUCCAAGCUCGUGGGAGACAGACUCCCCAAAGUGGUGGUAGACGGCUCGACCUGGGUCGGCUCCGGAGCCAAAGUCGUGGCAGACGGCUCCAUGCGUGUCGGAUCCGGGAUCGGAAGCGGAGCGAAAGCCGUGGCCCAGAGCCCCGUGUGGGAAAAAGUUGGUUCCGGGGCCAAGACCGGUGCCAAACUGGUGGCUGACGGUUCAGUGCGCCUCGGAGCCGGACUCGGUGCCGGAGCAAAAAAGGUGGCCCAGAGUCCCGUGUGGGAAAAGAUGGGCUCUGGAGCCAAAGCGGGCGCCAAAAUGGUUAGCGAGAGCUCCGUGUGGCAGAAAAUGGUGGCCAAUGGCAAAAAGAUACCAAAGGUCGUCAUCGUGGGCGCAUUGCUGGGGUUGGCGCUCGGGGUGUUUUUGGCGGGGGCCAUCGGCGGAGCCGCGGGGGCCGUCAUCGGUGCUGCAACCACUGAGGUGGGCAGGCGAAAGUUUGGCAAGAAAAGCGUGCCGGAGAAGGCCGCGAGUAACAUUGAAAGACGAGUGAACGACAUGGUGGAUUCACUGGUCAAACAAGGAGAGAAAGUCAUGAAAAAGGAAUGAAGGACCAAUGGGAUAAAGUGUCGACUGGAGCAAAUUGCGUCAAUGGCGAGCUGUGAAUUUGUGACCUUCAGUGGGGAUUUAGCCGACUUAAUCCACCUCGUAACACCUCCGAUUAAUGGCAAUUCAUAAUAGUACCAUAAAUAAUUUGGAGCAGUUCAGAAUCAGUAUUACUAUAACAUAACAAAACAUGUACUGUUAAAAAAUAAAAUACUUCAAAACUGAUUCAACCGAUGCUGAUUAUUAAAUGUAUAAAUUAAAUGUAAGUUUUUCUCUGUCAAGCGAAUCAGAGAAAGGAAAAAGACGAUAUCAUUGAGGGCCAGCGUCCUGGCCCCGUGAAGAUGAAUUUCAAAUCUGAUUGGUUCAAGAAACAAUAAACAACAGUGGUGAUUGUGGAUGCCUUGAGCAGAUUUGAUGGGACAUGGCAACAGGCUGAAAUCUGAUUGGCCAAAAACCAUGAAACUUCGAAAGGCAUGUCCUGGGAGCAGUGCAGGGAGGAGAAACGCUACGAAAUGAAGACAUCAACAUUUUGGGAAGACAUCAACACAAUUUUGUGGAAUUGCGAAUGUAAAUGUAGGUCAGCGCUUUUGGUAGUGCUUAGGCUAGCAAAAAUAAGACCUUACCGGUCCUGAUCUCUCAACACCUGGCAUUACACACAUUUUACAAAGUGAAAGUCUGGCUCACUACUCGUCAGAUAAGAUUACCGGUAACUGCUUUUUCAACACAUUUCUUCAAUAAUUCCAAUAAUGACUUGGAUGUGAAGGAAGGAGUUAUGGUGUCACUGGAUUGACAUGUUUGGGCUCUACACAAUUCAUAUCUAGCUGCGUGCCAUAGAUUUGAAUGAAAUUUCAAUGUUUAAUGUAUUUCUGUGCAUGAUUACAGUGGAAAUAAAAUAUUUGAUAUUA